UCAGGUUCAGUAACUGUGCUCGAGUGGGCAGUUUUGCAGCAGCAGAGCAGAUCGAUCAACCAAGGAUAAAUACCAUACGACUGAUACGAGCUAGCAGCUGAAAAUAAACUAAGAUCGACGGGACCGGAGCCAGAGGAGAUCGAUGGGCAGCGGCAGCGAGGAGGCGGCGCCGCUGCUGCUGCCGGUGGCGGCGGCGACGGCGACGGCGGAGGAGAGGUGCCCGGGGUGCGUGCAGGAGCGGAGGAAGGCGAGCCGCGGAGGGCGGAUCCCCUACACGGAGCUCUUCUUCGUCGCCGUUACCACUCUUGCCUCAUCUUUACCAAUCACGUGCCUCUUCCCCUUCCUCUACUUCAUGGUAAGGGACCUGCAAGUAGCACAAACAGAGGAGGACAUUGGGUAUUAUGCUGGAUUUCUUGGUGCUUCGUACAUGGUUGGUAGAUCCUUUGCCGCGAUAUUUUGGGGAGUUGUGGCAGAUCGUAUAGGAAGGAAACCUGUCAUUGUGUUUUCAAUAUUGUCUGUGGUCAUAUUUAACACAUUAUUUGGGCUAAGUACAAAGUAUUGGAUGGCACUUACUACAAGGUUUGUUCUAGGUGCUCUAAAUGGUUUACUUGCGCCAAUAAAGGCUUAUUCUAUUGAAGUUUGCCAAACUGAACAUCAAGCUCUUGGACUCUCCAUUGUUAACACAGCAUGGGGUUUGGGUCUCGUUGUUGGUCCAGCUCUUGGAGGCUACCUUGCACAGCCUGUUGAAAAAUAUCCACAUGUAUUUUCUAAGGAGUCAGUUUUUGGGAGAUUCCCGUAUCUCUUACCUUGCCUUGGUGUAUCAUUGUUUGCUGCUAUUGUUCUGAUAAGUUGUAUUUGGCUUCCGGAGACUAUACAUAAACAUAAAUCUCCUGAUAAGGACAUCAAAAGAAUCAAAGAAUUGCCAUUACAGCAGGCUUAUUGGGAUUCACCUCGUAAGAAGAGCUUGUUCCAGAAUCGGCCAUGGAUGUCUACUAUGAUUUCAUAUUGUUUUUUUGGUCUUCAUGACACAGCAUACAGUGAGAUAUUAUCCUUGUGGGCUGUGAGUGAUAGAAAAUAUGGUGGCCUUAGCUUUUCAUCUGAGGAUAUUGGUCAGGUUCUUGCUGUUGCAGGUGCUAGUCUUCUAGCAUAUCAGCUUAUUAUUUACCACUGGGUUCAUAAGUUUCUUGGACCAAUCAUUUCAUUACGAAUUGCUUCUGCUCUAUCUAUACUUAUUCUUUCUACUUAUCCUUUUAUGACAUACCUAUCUGGCGCGGAACUUUCCUUAGCUUUUUAUUCAGCGGCAAUGAUGAAAAGUGCUCUUGCAAUUACUAUAAGCACAGGAAUUUGCCUUUUACAGAACAAUGCUGUGCUUCAAGAACAUAGAGGCACUGCAAAUGGUGUAUCAACAACAGCUAUGUCAUUUUUCAAGGCGAUUGCUCCAGUAGGGGCAGGUGUUCUAUUCUCGUGGGCGCAAAAACGUCAGGAUGCCCUCUUCUUUCCAGGUGAUCAAGUGGUGUUCUUGAUGCUGAACUUUGUGGAGCUCAUUGGACUCAUAUUUACUUUUGAGCCUUUUAUGGUGUUACCUGAGGCAUCAGAUGAGUGUAGUUAGCCAAGUGCAGAGGAAUUGUUUCUUAUCAAUAAUAAAUUUGAAACAGUAAUAAUACUUAACACUUGCUAAUGGGCUGAGUAAUGAGGCAUAGCUUAAAUA